UCGAAAAUCAGGGAAGGUAAGGACGGUCAAAGAGAAACGGCAUCGGUGCGACCAAAGCACAACAAGGAGAUGAUGCGCGUGAAUAACGGCAGCACCGACGUCCUGCGCAUGGACCAGCUUAUGCAUCAGGACGAUUGGGUGCGUGACUCGGAGCGCCACCGAUGCCACGUGUGUACACGGAACUUCACGAAGCUUCGGCGCCGUCACCAUUGCCGCGUGUGCGGGGAAGUCGUGUGCUACAACUGCUUGCUCAAGAAGUACGCGGAGUUGCCUGUGAAAGGUCGCACUGACGUCAAAGUGUGCAUGUCAUGUAUCUUGAUACACGCGACAAAGCAAAACGGUGCAUCUGCGGCCUUGCCGCCGCAGAUCGUGUCGUCGUCGACUUCCGUGAUACGUCCACCGUCCGAGCAAGCCAUGCGUUAUUCGUCUCGGGACACGGUCGACUCGCGCAAACACUCGGAGCACACGAACCCGUAUUCCCCACACGAGUCGUUCGUUGAGCGUUCGUCGGGCCGUCACUUGAGCCGCGGCGAUGCCUCCGAUACCAUCGAUUACCCGUUGGACUUCAGCUGGGGCUACGCGUGGCCCAAGCCACCUGUGCUUCCAGACGAACUCGACCGGCUCGCCAUGCUUCACAGCUUUGACAUCCUCGACUCGCCCACGGAAGACGUGUUCGACAUCAUCUGCGAACUCGCAAGCAACGCGCUGAAGUGUCCGAUCGCUGUCGUGAGUUUGAUCGACGAAGACCGGCAGUGGUUCAAGGCCAGCGUCGGGUUGGCGCAGACCGAGAUUCCACGGAACGUGAGCUUUUGCGCCCAUACGAUCAUCUCCAAGGAGCCCAUGGUCGUGCUGGACGCGCUUCAGGACAAGCGGUUCAUGAAGAACCCUCUCGUGACGGGGGCCGCCAGCAUCAGGUUCUACGCGGGGUCGCCCAUCUGCACCCCGUCCGGCCAUGUCAUCGGCACCGUGUUUGUGUUUGACAACCAGCCGCGGACAUCGUGCGACCUGGCGACGCUUGAGAAGCUGUCGAACGUUGCGAUGAAAAACUUGGAGGACCGCAAUAGAGCCCGCAACAGCACCAUGUCCAUCAAGGAUGGUGCUGCAGAAACGACGGCGGUCGUGGUGGCCCCCCCGCCGCCGCCAAAUGCCCAGUUGGACUCGCAGGACUUGGUAGUUCAAGCAGCGAACAACACUUUCGAUGGCCAAGUCGUGGCCGGGCCUAAGAUGGAGACGAUGCUCAUGGACUUGCUCUGCCGUACCACGGAAACACAGCAGCAGCUCGCGACGCAGCAAGGCGCGAUGUUCCAGACCCUGGGUCAACACACGGUGCAGAUUGACAAACUGGCCGACGCCGUUAAACGGAUGGAAGCCAAGUUAGAUGCCCGGGAAGAACAAGAAGACAGUAUGGUAUUUAUUAACGCCCACCGUGAUUAACACAUUUGAACAAUGCGAGAGAGAUGCAAAUGUAUACAGCGAUUGGGAAAUCGUAAUAUAUAUCGAAUGUGAAACACUA